CGUGACACUCCCCCCUGGUUGAUGGGAGGCCGACGUCACCCUUCCAGCGGAGGAGUGGAUGGCCUCUGUAAUAAAAAUACAUAAAGAGAAUUGAGGAAAAGGAGAAGAUUGGCCGGGGCGAAAAGGCAACAACACGCCGUUUAUUCCUUUAACUCCUCAUCCCGCUUUCGAGCCGUGGACGUGGGCGUCUUUUAGAGGCUUUUUUGGGGGGGAGGAUGUGUUGUUUUCGCCGCCGUGUCGCGAGCUCCGGCUGAAAUGCUAUGUUAUGUGUGGCUUUUCUUGGUGUUUUGAGCAGACGGAGACAGAUAACUGUACUGUAUCCCAGCCUAGCGGAUUGGAGUGAAAGUCCGCCAUAUUCUGCCUUACCACGCCCGGGAGUCGAGCCGCUGGAAAAUAAACGGACAGCUUUAUUCAUGUGUUUCCCCCAUUGCCAUCAUCCGCGGACGAUUACUUGAACACAUGGGAUAUUGUUCGGUGAAAAAUUACAACAUUGAAGACUUUGAAGAGAGGGGGUAACCGGCCACGGAUGGCAACGCUUAACGAGCUCACCCACGGCAGCACGGAGGAUGCGUCUUAAAAGGAUCUGUUGAUCAUAUUGAGAAGGAAAAGCAGAUUACACCAAUUAAGAUUGAACAGAUAUUCAACUCAAACCGCUUUGGACGCUAUUUCGAAGCAGUCGGGAGGCCCAGAAAGCGAGCCGAAACUGGGGGGGGAGGGGGGUCGAUAAUUUCCACAAAUAUCUUUUAAUUUUUCUCCCCCCGUUUUCAACACAAUCCGUGUUGCGUUCAGGGUCAUUAUUAAAAGGGCGUCCACGCGCAGAUUUCACCACUAGCAGGGCCUAUAUGAAGACAGCGUCGACAGGCCUGUGUUUAUUCCCCCUCCCCUCUACCCAGCGAAUCUGGAUGAAUCAGUGAGAGGACAAGAAAUAAAAGAUAAAGCAGAAAAGUGCGUGUUUAGAAGAAGGAGAAGAAGAAAAGGGAGAGAAUGACCCUGGAAUCCAUAAUGGCGUGUUGCCUCAGUGAGGAGGCGAAAGAAGCCAGAAGGAUCAACGACGAGAUCGAAAGGCAGCUCCGCCGGGAUAAGAGGGACGCACGCCGGGAACUGAAACUGUUGCUUCUCGGCACUGGAGAGAGUGGGAAGAGCACAUUCAUCAAACAGAUGAGGAUUAUCCACGGCGCCGGUUACUCCGACGAGGACAAACGGGGCUUCACCAAACUGGUCUAUCAGAACAUCUUCACAGCCAUGCAGGCCAUGAUUCGAGCCAUGGAGACACUCAAGAUCCCCUACAAAUAUGAGCACAACAAGGGUAACGCCAACAUCGUUAGAGAGGUGGACGUAGAAAAAGUUACAGUGUUCGAGAAUCCUUAUGUAGACGCAAUCAAGAGCUUAUGGAACGACCCAGGCAUCCAGGAGAGUUACGAUCGAAGGAGGGAAUACCAGCUCUCCGACUCUACUAAAUAUUACCUGAAUGCAUUGGACCGGAUCGCUGAACCAUCCUACCUCCCCACUCAGCAGGACGUUUUGAGGGUUCGAGUCCCAACCACGGGUAUCAUCGAGUACCCGUUUGACCUGCAGAGCGUCAUAUUCAGGAUGGUGGAUGUCGGGGGUCAGAGGUCAGAGAGGAGGAAGUGGAUCCACUGCUUUGAGAACGUCACAUCCAUCAUGUUCCUGGUAGCACUCAGCGAGUACGACCAAGUAUUGGUGGAAUCCGACAACGAGAACCGGAUGGAGGAGAGUAAAGCUCUGUUUAGGACGAUAAUCACUUACCCCUGGUUCCAGAACUCUUCAGUCAUACUGUUCCUCAACAAGAAGGACCUGCUGGAGGAGAAGAUCAUGUACUCUCAUCUGGUUGACUACUUCCCAGAGUAUGACGGUCCUCAGAGAGAUGCUCAAGCAGGACGAGAGUUUAUCCUCAAGAUGUUUGUGGACCUGAACCCAGACAGCGAUAAGAUCAUCUACUCCCACUUCACCUGUGCCACCGACACAGAGAACAUCCGCUUCGUCUUCGCGGCUGUCAAAGACACCAUCCUGCAGCUCAACCUAAAGGAGUACAACCUGGUGUAGAGUGCAGCGGGGGCCGGCUGUGUCAACCGGGGCCCCUUCAUAACACACUGACUGACACAAUCUGUGAAAAGAUAGAUCAUACUCACACGCGAAAAAAAUCUGAGAAAAAAAAAUGGUUGCAUAAUACUAAUUUAUUUGCCAUUUGUUGAUCUCUUGGUCCCCAAGGGGUGAGCAAAGUUAAAUGUUAAAUUGCUAUUUAAGGAGUUGAAAUGUAGGGAAGGGGGUGCAGGAUAUUUGCAAGGGUUGGGGGAGGGGUUUGCUGUUGAAAAUGUACAGCAACAAUCCUCGUUUUUAGGCUUUGCGCAUAGUGAAGUUUUGUUUUUUGUUUAUUUUUUUGACAAAAAGAGAACGUACUUUGUGCACUCGAGGUGUUGGGGGCUUGUUUUGUCUGUCCAUCUGAAACAUCAGAGCUGGAAGGAACGCAAUGUGCUCCCUCCCUCCUGCCUUUUUAUAAACAAGAAAAGGAAAAAAAGGUUUUCAUUCCUUUUUUUAUUUUUUUUAAGCCUCCCUCCUUACCUGUCGGUUCAUUCAGAUGCUUCGUCCUGGGCCUGUUUGACAGACAGGAAAUGAUGUAACAGAUCUCUAAUUAACAACUUCCUUUUACCUUCAAAGGACUGAUUGGAAAAUAUCUUGAUAAAUAGGCAUAAACUGUGAUUUUUAAAUUAUUUCACAUUUAUUUCAUAUUGAUUGACUGAUCAUUCUUCUUCCUCUUCUUCUUUUUCUUAUAAUAAUAAUAUUGUUAAUAUUAUGACAUUGCAUUGACUUUGGUACCAUCUGAUGAGUUGAGCCUGUGUGGCCCUUGAACCGCAUGGCUGUUGCAAAAUCGUAAACACACGACAGCUCUCCAUCACUGACAUAACCAUGACAUGUGAGAGAAGCUGGCUUUAAAACAAAUAAACAAAAUAGCUUUUUGAGCAAAUUAGCUGAGGAGGCACAUGUGGAUCUCCGCUCUGUCAUGCCUUGAGCGUCUCGUUGGCGGCAUCAGCAGUGGCGGCGGUCACUUUAAGCAGACUGAAAGGAGUUUGAGGAGGUAAUAAUUUAUGAGACAAUGUUGUUAAAUGAUUAUGUUCAUCUGUGCCACAUUAAUGCUUUUUAUUAUGGUAAUAUGUAUAUUUAUUGCCAAUGCCAAAACAAGUCACGCACCAGACUCCACUUUGCGCUGUUUACUACUUAGACGGAAAGCGUGGCAGAGGAGAAAGAGCAGAGUUAAUGACAAGAAAGAGCAGACUGACUGACUAUGGACAGACUUAUUGACUGACCUACUGAUUCCUGCAGUUUUGAAGUAUUCAACACAAGUAAAACGGUAUUCAUUAACCCCUCCCCUCUAAACACACACAGAGCUUGGACUGAGAACGGCCACAUGGCAAACUGAACUGCUCAAACCGUCCAAUCAAAAACCUUGUGUGUGGCUCCAAACCCCGCCUCCCCACCCUCUCCACCCACUUCCAGCAGACUGUCAGUCAUUAGAGCUGUGUCUUUUUGUCCAAUCACAGCCUGGCUCUGUUGAAGUUCAAUAAACAAUGGAGAAUCAAUUUGGUUUAUUCUUACAUAAAAGGGCAGAGAGUUGAUAUUCAGUUUGUACCAAAGUAAGCCCUUUUGGUUUCUGAUUGGCCCCACUGAUUUGCAUCAUCCCCAGGUUCUUCUGACUUUUUUUUUCUUUUUUUUUACGAUUCCCUACAACAUAAGCCUGUAAUUUACAUUUAUUGAGGCAUAGUGCAAUUAUGAAUGCUAUAAUCAUUGUACAUACAUCUCUCUAUAUAUAUGGCAGCAUCUUUGUUGGCUUUGUAAUCAUUACUUUUUUGGCAGAUUGAAUGUGCGGUAUUGAAAAUAUGUAUCUAUGUAAUUGUAUGUCUAAUGGCUAAUUCAUUUUUGGAAGAAAAAAUGUUAUUUACAUGUUUGUUUUCGUUUCCUUUUUUUUAAAGAGGAGAAUGUAAAUUUUGUGUUUUGCCAGUUUUAUUUCUCAGCAAAGAAACGUUGUCCAGCUUCAGAACUGCAUAAAGAGGAAUAUAAUUAUCCAACAAACAGAUUGAUCGAUUUGCCAGUACUUACAGUAGCCGUUUUGUUAAAUCGACUUUUAUAUGAAAAACUGCAGACUGAAUCCAAUCUACAGGGCUAAUCGUACUAGUUUAGUUAACUGGCUUUAUGAGAAGAGCACUUGUCAUAUACAGUAGGUGUUUUCACAUCAUGCAGUGAUUAUGUUUUCUGUUCACAGCUUCUCGAUAAGUAUAGUUUAACUUUGACAUUUCUUUGACUACUACACACCUUGUGAUCCCUGACCAGCCACCACCGUUAGCGAGACGUUUUAUUUUCAUAGGUGCCAGAAAAACACACACGGGUGGCAGACAGAUAUAGACUGAUCCGAGGGACAAAUGUAUUUUGCCAAUUGAGGGAAUGCCAUCGCCCUUUACACCCCUUUUUAAAUAAAUGUAGAAACCUGCGGCCUGGCACAGUUAGUGAAAGGCCAGUUGACACAAAUGUGCAAAAAAUAAUCAACCAUUUGGCCUGAUUAGGAUGGAACAUUUACAGGUGCUGUUUUCUUUUUUUUGUUUGUUUUUUCAGUUCCAUCUUUUUGCCACCAUUUCAUUAGAAUGUACAGUAUUAUUUUAGACUUAAUUUAUAAAAUAGGAGGAAAAGUACACAACAGUUCACAUGUACAUAUUGCCUUAUUGAAUAAGCUGUGCCUCUGAAGUCCCAUGCAAGGCACCUGUGUUUAUAUGAGAAGUAAAGCUAGUGUGGCCAAUAACGUCCUAUUGUGCAGCUGGAGGAUUGUUUGGUUUUGGCUUUGUUAUUCUGUGCUAUAAGAAGCCCUGGGAAUACUCUGCUUUGAAGUGUAGCUCAUGUAGCUGUGACAUCCAUUCCAGUACAUCAUGAGCACAUCAUGCAAGUGAUUUGUAAUCUGAAUACUAUCAUUGAUUUAACAAUGCUGUCACGUCACGUUAACGUCUUUAAAAUCCACCUCGGUGCAUGCUCAGGCACUGGGUUUCCUGAUGUGACUGUGAUUAAACAGCAGUGCUCAUACACAUCAGGAUGCAGAAUGUGCUUGCAAGGUGUCACAGUCUGGACUGAAAACCACCGGCAGCCGCCUGCUGGGUGUGUUUUUGCCACAUUUGGCUCCGCUUCGGUAUCUACCAGCCUCUUUGGCAGGUAACCAGCCCUCACUUGGAGGUCCUGUUGUUCUCAGAUAUUUUAGCUGGCUGGUGAAAUUACUCACAGGGAUGGUUCACUUUGGCAAGCAACUGCAACUGCAGGCCAAUACUGAAAAAGGCGUACUUGAAGUAAAUGAAACCCUUAAAAUGACUACUUGUCAACAGCAGGGCCUAGUAGAAGCAACUAGUCUGAGACAGAGGGACAUGUUUUGAAGCUGGACUGUUUCAAGUUCUCUGUGUCAAUAAUCAGGUGUUGUACAUUUGACUGGUGACUUGUGCCUCUGCUGUUGACACUGCCCCUCACACUUAAAGGGAAAAUCUGUAACAAUACACACACUGCAUUUAACCCACUAAGGCCUGACUGAGAACUUUACAAAGCAAAAGUGACGAGAAGUGGGAAAAUCUGCUGUGUCAGCCUCCAGUGAUAUCGGAUAAAGUUUUAGUUUUGCCUUUUUUUUUUGGCCUAACAAUGAAAGAAGUGUUUGUGAGCUUGUUCCUCUUCCUGUUAACUCACAGGGAGCACAAGUGAAUUAUCUGCAGACUGGAUUUUUCCUUUAAGAGAGCACAGACUCCAGCUGGUGUUGACUUGCUAACAGACAUUGUUGGAAACCUCUGCUGCUGUUCAGAUUUCAUGCAGUAUAUUGAAGAGACGUGCAGUGUUACCUACAGUAUAGAGAGGACUGCUUUACGUACAGCUGUAGGGCUGGGACUGGGGAAAAGAAGUUCCAUAAACUGCUCUUUUACUCCAAUCUGAAACACAUCAUUUGAUUGCUUUCAUCUAGCCUACGUUUGGGUUUCUUUGCCUCCAAAUUGUUCAUAUAUGAAGUUAAAUGACUCAUUUGAAUAGUGUUAUUAUGAUCUCCAAUCAUAAUUGUGUAAAAUGUUUUCUGUAUCAUAAAGUCACACUCCUUCAACAUGUUUCUGAAUGAAGCAACAUGUUUCUUUUGAAAAGUA